GCACUAGUCAGAGAUUCAGAGUAGAGAGAGAGAACCAAAAACAGAGCAAAAAAGGUAAACGACUGCCAUCGAGAGAGAGAGACAAGGAUGGUGAGUAAAACACAGGAGACCCAAUUAAACAGGCUUGAAAACCAGGUAGACAAUGGAGGAGGAGGUGCUUGGGAGUAUCUUUGCCUUGUCAGGAUGCUCAAAGUUAGACGUUCCGAGAAAGUCUUGAAGUAUGGCUUAUCAAUCUUAAAUGACCCCAAAAAAAGAUCUGCUCUUGGCCCUGAAGAAUGGACUCUAUAUGAGCAGGUAGCUAUUGCUGCUAUGGAUUGUCAAUGUCUAGAUGUUGCAAAGGAUUGCAUAAAGGUUUUGCAGAAAAAAUUUCCAGAGAGCAAAAGGGUUGGCAGGCUAAAUGGCAUGUUACUUGAAGCAAAGGGAUCCUGGGCUGAGGCAGAAAAAGCUUACUCGAGCCUUUUAGAGGACAAUCCGCUUGAUCAAGUAAUACAUAAGCGGAGAGUAUCCAUGUCAAAAGCUCAAGGAAAUAUUUCAGGGGCUAUUGAAUUGCUUAAUAAAUAUCUCGAAAUAUUCAUGGCCGACCAUGAGGCUUGGAGAGAACUUGCAGAGAUAUAUGCCUCCCUUCAAAUGUACAAGCAAGCGGCAUUCUGCUAUGAGGAGCUUAUUUUGUCUCAACCUACAGUUCCGUUAUAUCAUUUGGCCUAUGCUGAUGUGCUCUACACACUCGGUGGACUAGAAAACCUUCAAACUGCAAAGAAAUAUUAUGCAUCCACUAUAGACUUGACUGGGGGUAAGAAUACCCGAGCACUUUUCGGAAUUUGCUUGUGCACCUCAGCCAUAGCACAGGUUUCGAAAGGAAGGAACAAGGAAGACAAGGAGAGUCCGGAGCUCCAUUCUUUGGCAGCAACAGCCUUGGAGAAAGACUAUAAGCAGAGAGCCUCCGAUAAACUCGGUUUGCUUACUUCUGCUUUAAGAAGUUUGAAAACUUAGUCUCAGCACAUAUGACUUCAUUCGAACACUUGCAUUAUUGCCACAUACUCUAGAAUAGAAGAAAAAAGGGGUUUAAUAUGGUUUUUCUGUUUUAAAGAUUCGAAAUUUCUCAGCCUUCGAUAAAUUUGAGUUACGAGUCGCCAUUCAUGCGUGCUUUCCGUUUUCUUUUGCCGUUCUUGUCAUCUAUAUGAGGUUUUGAUGUAUCAUUUAGGAGCUGCCAUAACGAAACUAGAAAAACUUAUGA